UUUUGGAUGUGUAAGACAUUUUCACGGGUGGCUGAUUGCACAUCCCUGUGAAGCCCUGCCUUCUGAGACGAGAUAGCCUCCUGCCGGAUUACAGCCUGUACGCAGCUAGUGAAGGCUUUAUUUUGUGCGAAUGAGGAAAACAUCGCCUCUACCUUUCUGAAAACUGUCACAUGGGGCCAAGGAGGAAAAACAAUCGCUUCCUGAAACGAUUCUCGCCCCUCGCUAUGUUUUGCCGUUUUCUCCCCUCUCUAACAACAUAAUACCGCAUCGCGUUUAAUUUUCCGUCCGGAUCUUUUACCCGAGCAUCGGUGCCGAUGAUGAUGAGCAAAGUUAAAAACGCGAUGUCCAGUCUGGUCGGAGGGAUGAUGCCGCAUGGACACCACCACCAUAACCAUCACUCAGGUGGUGGACAGACCUGCGGACCGGACAGCCUGCCGCAUCGUUUCCCCUACGGCCGGCCGGAUUUCUUAGACCUCACCCCGGAGCUCCUGCAGUACUCCACCGAGCACGCAUCACGGCCGGUGCUCACGUUAAAGAGAGGCAGCAGGCUUCCCUGGCAGACGGGAUACGCAGAGGUGAUCAAUGCGGGGAAGAGCAUGCUGAACGAAGACCAGGCCUCGUGUGAGAAAGUGUUUGUGAAGAAGCCAAGUGGCAAACACCGCAACUCUACUUUGCUGGAGCACAGUGGGGAUGGCACAGGAAUCCCGCUCCACUUCUGGGGGGUGUUUGAUGGCCAUGCAGGUUCUGGCGCGGCCAUCAUGGCCUCCAAGCUUCUUCACCACCUAAUCAGAGACCGUUUGGGAGAGAUCUGCCACCUCCUGGAGAACCCCAGCAGUGCACCUCCUAUCUGCCUGGCCAAGAAUGGCAGCCCGUACCAGGCAGAGGCAAAGAAAGGAGGCGCACAAGAACCAGAGGACCCAGAUGCCGUCAGCGACGCUUCAGUGCGCUUUUACAUGGAGAAGGUUGUCAGUUUGGAGAGCCUUGUGAUGGGAGUCAUAGAGACUGCCUUCAAACAGAUGGAUGACCUAAUUGAAAAGGAAAAAUCAUCAUAUGCCAUUUCUGGUGGCUGUUGUGCCUUAGCUGCCAUACAUUUAAUGGGAAAACUCUACGUAGCCAAUGCUGGAGAUAGUAGAGCCAUCAUCAUACGAAAUAAUGAAGUUAUUCCCAUGACAAAUGAAUUUACACCUGAGUCAGAGAGACAGCGGCUACAAUAUCUGGGCUUCCUGAGGCCUGAGCUCCUGGGAAAUGAGUUCACUCACAUUGAGUUCCCUCGUAGGAUCCAGCACAGUGAGCUUGGCAAAAAGAUGCUGUACAGAGACCACACCAUGACUGGCUGGGCUUAUAAGACAAUUGUUGAAGAUGAUCUGAAAUUCCCCCUGAUAUAUGGAGAAGGGAAAAAGGCUCGUGUCAUGGCAACGAUUGGAGUGACCCGUGGGCUGGGUGAUCAUGACCUCAAAGUUUACAACUCCAACAUUUACAUCAAGCCCUUCCUCUCAUGCGUUCCUGAGGUGAAGGUUUAUAACCUGGAUGAAUAUAAACAUGGCCGUGAUGAUGUCUUGGUCAUGGGCACAGAUGGACUUUGGGAUGUAACCACAGACAAGGAAGUGGCAGAUGCUGUUACCGCCUACUUAUCCUGCUGUGACCCCUCUGAUCCCAUGAGAUAUACACUGGCAGCCCAGGACCUGCUUAUGAGGUCAAGGGGGGUGCUGAAGGAGCGUGGCUGGCGGCUACCCAAUGAUAAACUGGGCUCUGGCGAUGACAUCACGGUGUUUGUCGUCCCACUGGCAGGGCAGGAGUCAGAGACAUGAGGUUAUAGCCACCACUAUGACAGCUGACUCUUUAGGGCCCUUCCCAUGGUCCCCUCUCCCCUCCUAAACCCUGAACCAGUGGGGCAGUGGGAGAAGAAAACAUCUUUGUCAUAGAAGACUCGGGUCUGACCAGCACCUUCAUUGAUCUACAAAAUGAGACCCACUCCCUUCACUUCAUCUUAACCCAGGAACUGUUUCCCAUCUGCUUUGGUUGGUCUUCAGUCAUGCAACAAAACAUGUUCAGUGACAUUAAACUCUUUCUCCCAAACCUGCUGUUUGUGACAGUUGCCAGUGAGAAUUAAAUCCUUGUUGUACUUUUGUUUCUUGUUUAUGUUGAAGGCUGAGCGGCUACUCAAACCUUAAAUGGAUUGUUCAUUUUAAUGUUGUGCCCUAAUAGUGACUACCUUUUUUUUUUUUUUUUUUCAUACAUUUCACAGUCAUACAUUGUAAAGGGGAUUGCAAUAGAGAAUGUGAGGAAACCAAAGAGAUGCUCCUGGAGCAUGAGGAUGAAAAUCAGUCAGAUACAGAAUAAAGAGCAAACACAAUCAUCAGAUUCUUGUUGUUUUGAGAAGUAAAAAGACAGGAAAGGAUCUUUUACAGGAUAGGUUGCAAACAGAAUCAGCUGAGUUUCGGUUGCAGUAUUAAUUUUCUCGAUAACAAAUGAAUGACAACACCUGAGGCACUUGACGAUUGUUGCACAUGCUCUGUGGUAGCUUGUUAAUUUUGUGAUAUCUUUUAAAUGAAUGUGCUUCUAGAUGACUUGUUUUAUUUUUGUCAUUUCAGUGAAGAAAACAAGAAGGUUUUGUUCAGUAAAAAAAAAAAAAAAAAUCAUUUGUAUAAUUUAACUGCAUUUUUUUUUCUUUAAUAUUCAGAUGGGAAGGUAAAUUAUUCUCCAUAAUCGUCUCGGUAUAGUAAGAUGUGAUAAACUUCACACAUAUGCCUUAUUGAAAGAUGAAAGGGACUCAAGAGUUUUUUUCUUCAGAUGCACUAAAUUUGACCCUUGCAGAAGAGGCAAAAAAAAAAAAAACAUUGCACGCCCUUAAAUGUACUGCAUACCUCUUUUAUACCAUUUUGUUAUGUCAUGUUGUUAUUUAGAUUUUGCAUAUAUUUUUGAAGAUGACUUUGGUUGUAAGCAGUAUCAGAUGUUUUAUUUUUAUGUUUCUAUCCAUAACUCUUUGUUCAGAUAGUGUGCCCUAGACUUUGAGCUACCUAAAUGUGUGGUAGAGGGAUAGUGUGUUCCAGUUUAGAAAUAAAUCAGAUUUUUCCCA